CUGAGCUCAGAAAGGAAAACAAUGACUCGGGAAUCGGCAGUCGCCACCAACAGAAAUUGGGCGAUUCUGGCCGCAGGAGUUGGCUUGGUAUACGUCCUGGUGCGGCACAGACAGCGACUGCUGGGUCCACUGCGUCGCGUGUGGUCCUUCGGCAGCGUGGUGCCCCAGCGACGCAUAGAAGUGAUCAACUCCGUACAGGAUCCGGCCACGCAAUGUGUUUUGAAUGAACUGAAGAAUCACUGCCAGACUUUUAAAGUCCUUGGAUUCGACUGCGAGUGGAUCACCGUGGGCGGCAGCCGCAGACCAGUGGCCUUGCUUCAAUUGAGCUCCCAUCGGGGUCUAUGUGCCUUAUUUCGACUGUGCCAUAUGAAACAAAUACCAAAGGAUCUGCGGGAGCUUCUCGAGGACGAUGACGUGAUCAAAGUGGGCGUGGCACCCCAGGAGGAUGCCAUGAAACUUUCGCACGACUAUGGAGUGGGCGUGGCCAGCACACUGGAUCUGCGCUUCCUCUGCGUAAUGGCAGGCCACAAGCCUGAGGGACUGGGAAAGCUAUCCAAAACUCAUCUGAACUAUACACUGGACAAGCACUGGCGCCUGGCCUGCUCCAACUGGGAGGCUAAGACUUUGGAGCCAAAACAGCUUGAUUACGCUGCCAACGACGCACUUAUGGCGGUGGCCAUUUAUCAGAAGUUGUGCAGGGAUCUGCAGCCAAAACACUUUUGGCAACGGAGCCAACUGGACGACAAUAGCAUGCAUAAUAAAUUCGAACCUUUCCUCGACGUGGACUUCACGAAAGGCUUCACACUCAACCCGACCGGCAGUGGAGUAACUCGUUCAAAGGGCUCCACCCAAUCCAAAAGCAAUAAAUGGGUGCCCAAGAAGCAACCGUACCGACAAAUAGCUACCCGAACCAAGGACUUCUACGACAACUGUCUGCUGCAGGCGCCCGAUGGCGAACUUUUGUGCACCAUCGACAGGCGCAAGGCGUCCUGGUAUCUCAAUCAAAAUCUGGGCACGCAUAUAAGCGAAGAGCCCUUCACCGUACGUCUUAACUUCGAGCCAGCGGGUCGAGCGGUCGGAGAUGUAGGCCGCUUCUACCAAACUCCCAAGGAAAACCAGUGCGUGGUGUGCGGUGACCGGGAUGCGUACAUUAGGAAGAACGUGGUACCGCGGGAAUACAGAAAGCACUUCCCAUUGGUCAUGAAAUCUCACACCUCCCACGAUGUGCUGCUCCUGUGCCCUACCUGCCACCAGCUAAGCAACAUCUCGGAUCUAAAGGUUCGCAGCAAACUGGCCGUCCAGUGCGAAGCUCCUUUCAAGCAGGAAGACGGAUCCGUCAAGUACCACGAUGAUCCGCAGCUGAAACGCGUUCAAUCUGCUGGCAAGGCACUACUUCACCAUGGCGCGAAAAUACCGGCUGCAAAGAGGGCCGAAAUGGAAAAGACUCUCCUUGAUUACUACUCCGAUCAAACGGACAUCACAGAGGAGCUCCUGCGACAAGCAGCCCGCGUGGAAUAUCGUGUGGAGAACUCCGACUACUGUCAGCACGGCGAGCGGGUGGUGCUGCAAUAUCGCGAUCAUUUCGGCGGCCUGGUGGAGCUGGAGCGCUUGUGGCGGGAGCACUUUCUGCACACCAUGCAGCCCCGCUUUCUUCCCGAACUCUGGAAUGUCAACCACAACGCCGAUCGACUGGAGGUCCGCGCCAGCGAGGGGCGCAUCGAUAAGGCCGAUCUAGUGGUGGCCGGAUUGGAUGCGAAGAUUAAAGAAACGUGAUGCAGGGCUUUUCUGAGUUUGCCACCGGCUUUGUACGUUUUAUAUUUCAAUUUCAAUAAAAAUAAACUAAAAUUUGA